AUGCCUGCCAUCGACCAGGUCUUCGUCGAGGUCUCCCACUUGGUGCUGCGACAGGCCUCGCAAUCGUUGUCUGUCACAUCAUCUGCGUCACUCAGCGCUGACCCUACGCCGACUUCCAACGAUGCCACAAGUAUAAUUCCGACGACUACCGAUAACCCAACGCCUACGGGCAAUGGGGGAGGGGGAGGAGGCGGCGGCGGCGGUUCCACGAGCUCUCCUCUACUCUUCUUCGUAGCUCUGGGCUUCGGAGUAGUCUUUACGAACUUAUGGAUUAUCGUUGGCGUCAAGUACUGCUUCCGGUACAAUGCUCGUAAUCGUGCUAUGCGACUGAACGAAGAUGGCGAGCCCAUCAACCUGGAGAACAUGCCUCGCCCGCACCGCCGCCGCCGCGAGAAGAAAUUGAUGACGAUGGAUGAGGUCAACGACAAGUUUCCCAUGACGAAGUACAAAACGUGGGUAUCCGAGCGUGCCAGAGAAGGCCUGCCUACCGCUGGAGGUGUCUCUGCGCCACCCAGCCGAGCAAACAGUCUCCGAUCUGCCGAUGGAAUCGUACCUGAAUUGCCUUCGAAGGAGCGCGAGUCUACGGAAGACCGUCCCGCUAACGCCGCUGGUAACAAUGCCGUUGCUGAGAAAUCAGCCGACGAUGCGGCCAAGAAGGACGGAGACACCUCUACGAAGAUUACGACUGUCGACGCCGUGGCAACUCAAACUACCCCGACCUCUGCUACUCACCUUCAGCGUGUCCACAGUGAGGACGACGAUGAAGAUGACGAGCAUAUCAACGCCGCUGUUCCGCCUGAGCUGAUGGCUACCAGUGGCGACACAUGUGCCAUCUGCAUUGAUACGCUUGAGGACGAUGAUGACAUUCGCGGGCUUACAUGUGGCCACGCCUUCCAUGCUGUUUGCGUCGAUCCUUGGCUCACCAGCAGAAGGGCCUGCUGCCCUCUGUGUAAGGCUGAUUACUACACUCCUAAGCCUCGACCAACCCCUGGCGAAGGAGAUUCUAAUGCUACAGGCGACAUGGCUCGCACGGCGUCUCGCACCAAUAUGCCCAACGCACCCCCAGCUGCCUGGUAUAACUUGAGUGGUGCACGAUUCGGUCUCGGAGGACGAAACAACGGUAACCGUCAGGGCAACAGCCGAUCGGACCGUCGUCCUCGUGCUCGUCAACAGGCUGUGCCUGUUGCAAAUCAGACUACUUCACAGGCCUCGCCGACUACUGCUGAGAAUCAGGAGUCUCGCGGUCUUCUCUCCAACAUCAGGCUGCCUGCCUUCCGCAACCCCCUGCGACGCGGCGGCGACCAGCAAACCACUCCCCCGACGGCUUCUGGGGCCAACGUAACCCCGUCUCAAUUGGAGGCUGGUACGCAGACUGCACCAACCGCAGGCACCACCACCAGCAUGACUGAGACACGGUGA